ACUAGCCUUAAUUCUAUAUAUACUAAAAUUUUGUGACCAUAAAUAUGUAAUCUGAAGUGGAACUUUUUCUGAACAGCAUGAUGGGGCUACAUAUCUACCUACCAUUAUUAGUAAUGAAACAAAUACUUUACGAAAAUAGCUAGAAUCCAACUUCAAAUUGGAAUUUCCUGAUAGAUCAAUGAACGAAGUUCUCAACCCCAACGAACCCUCAUUAGUUAGGAAAUUAGGUAAUUAGGCAGUUGUCCGUUAGAUCCAAAAAGUGCAUACCCAUUAAAGCUGCUUCUUUCCAGUCACAAUUUCUUUGGAACUAAAGGACUUCAAAUUAGCAAAGGUAACUUGAAAAUAAAGCUAACUACUUUAUGCUUACCAACGAGCUAAGGCUGGUGCAACACCUGGUCCAUACUAUGCAAUGCAUUAAGUGAGUGAGCCGGUGACAGUUGGCGAACUUAUGCCACCUCUUGAUACUGUUGCACUCGAGAACAAACUUCCAAGAUUUAUAAAUGGUGCAACCAACUGCUCUUGAGCUACCAAACAAGCUUAGAUUUCAGCUCCUCUCAUUUUCAGCAGUAUGCUCAAAAAACCGAGGGCAUUCCAUCUCUUUCACAUCCUUGUUCUUCUAGCUGUAAGUCUGAAUCUUCUCUUCAAAUUGUGUAUGUCAUCCAUUUGGUAAUUUUAAGCAUAAUGCAGUUUCAUUCAUAUGAAAUUGAUUUUGCAGGUGGCACUGGUGGCAAGCCAUGCUGCUUUGUCACCCGAGGCCUAUUGGAG